AUGGACACAUACGACGAGACAAACUACAUAGAUGGUGGUCAAGUACCCAGAUAUGACGAAGAUCAACCUAGUCUCGAAGACUCAACACAUAUACCACCACAUAUAAGUAACCAUGAUGGUAUCGAAGAAUCGCUACAUCACCAUAACCAACAAUUUGAAGUCGAAGGUCAAGUGGAUCCAGAAGAAGAAUACGACGAGGAAGAAAUCAUACCCUCGCAUCAAACUAUAGUUGAUGAAUCGGAAUUACUAGCUGCUCAAGCCGCAGCUGAAGCUGCCGCAGCCGCCCAACAACAAGAACCAGGUGAUGUAUUCAACAAUGUAGCUCAAGGUUUAGAAGGUCCACAUCGUGAUAUGAUGAUGCAAUACUGGCAAGAGACUAUCAACUCUAUUGAACAUGAUGAACAUGAUUUCAAGAAUCAUCAAUUACCUUUAGCAAGAAUUAAAAAAGUGAUGAAAACUGAUGAAGAUGUACGCAUGAUUAGCGCUGAAGCCCCCAUUUUGUUUGCUAAAGGAUGUGAUAUUUUUAUUACUGAGUUGACUAUGAGGGCAUGGAUCCAUGCCGAAGAAAACAAGAGGAGGACGUUGCAGAAAUCGGAUAUUGCUGCUGCUUUGACCAAGAGUGAUAUGUUUGAUUUUUUGAUUGAUGUUGUGCCUAGGGAAGAGGAGAAAGCAUCAAAGUAA